GGCCCUGUCCCUAAUAUUCUGCCCGCCGUUAGUCCGUUACAAUCUAGGGCUCCCUUAAGCUUAAGUUCAAGUUUAUUCUCUUGCGAUUCGAAUAAAAAAAAAAGAUAUUUUUGAUUGUAAUUGGUUCCUGCUUGUUUCUUGCUUGAUUUUAACUCAAAGCUGCUGGUGAUGGUCAUCUGAAUCAAUGGAUCUUUCUGUUCAAGAAGAUGAAUGGGACACUGAUGGAUUUGAAAUUCCAAGUUUGGGAAUGGGAGGUUCUGAACAAGGUGAAGGUAUAAUUGAUAUUCCGGCAGCAGAAGAGUUAAAAUCUUCAUCCUUCAAGGGUAAUAAGGAGGAAAAAAUAUACCUUGGACCCCAUGGAGCUCCUCCACAACAACCAAAGCAACAAGAACUUAAUUCCUAUGGUCGGAAGCAGAAGUUCAAGCAGAAACUGAAAGAGGCAGACCGAAAAAAUAGUGGUUCCGGACGAGAAAAUAAGUUAGAGAAUUUGAGGGAUCUUGUUGGUGGUGAAAAAACAGUUGUAAACGUGUCAAAGAAUUCUCCCAGAGAUUGGCUAGACCCACACUGUCAUGAGUCUGAGUUUGAAAAGCACCGUGUGCAGUAAGAUGUAUUUGUGCAUCUCAAAGAUCGACUCUAGCCCUUCUCUUUGUGGGAGGAGGGAGUUUGUCUACACUCUACACCAUGUAUUUGACCAUAAUUGUCUGAAUGUAUGUGUUGAUCAUCUUACCAUUUCAA